CCACGGAGGUGCCCUCGAUUAUGCUCCGGACAAGGGAGGCCCUCACUCACCUCCCCCUCUGAGUCCCAAUGUUCUCGGCCUGGAAGAGACCAAUGUUCCCAUCUAUUCAUGAGGACACGGUGCCCACCACUGCGUCCUUCGGCGCCAAAAUGUUCAACCUCACCUCCCAGGUCCUUGAACCUGCUCUCAACGGGACCCCGCCCGAGAGCAGCAGCUGCUUCCAGUCCGACUGGUGGAACUUGCUCAACACCAUCCAGCCCCCCUUCCUCUGGAUCCUCUUCCUACUCGCCACUCUGGAGAACAUCUUUGUCCUCAGCGUCUUCUGUCUGCACAAGAGCAGCUGCACGGUGGCGGAGAUCUACCUGGGCAACCUGGCCGUGGCAGACCUGAUCCUGGCCUUCGGGCUGCCCUUCUGGGCCAUCACCAUCGCCAACAACUUCGACUGGCUCUUCGGGGAAGCCCUCUGCCGCGUGGUGAACACCAUGCUCUACAUGAACCUCUACAGUAGCAUCUGCUUCCUCAUGCUGGUGAGCAUCGACCGCUACCUGGCCCUGGUGAAGACCAUGUCCAUGGGCCGGAUGCGCGGGGUGCGCUGGGCCAAGCUCUACAGCCUGGUGAUCUGGGGCUGCGCGCUGCUUCUGAGCUCGCCCAUGCUGGUCUUCCGCACCAUGCAGGAGUACAACGCCGAGGGCCACAAUGUCACCGCCUGCGUCAUCAGGUACCCGUCCCGCAACUGGGAGGUCUUCACCAACAUCCUCCUGAACUCCGUGGGCUUCCUGCUGCCCCUGAGCGUCAUCACCUUCUGCACCGUGCAGAUCAUGCAGGUGCUGCGUAACAACGAGAUGCAGAAGUUCAAGGAGAUCCAGACGGAGAGGAAGGCCACGCUGCUGGUCCUGGCCGUCCUGCUGCUGUUCGUCGUCUGCUGGCUGCCCUUCCAGGUCAGCACCUUCCUGGACACGCUGCUGCGCCUCCAGGUCCUCUCGGGCUGCUGGAACGAGUACGUGAUCGACAUCUUCACGCAGAUCUCGUCCUUCGUGGCUUACAGCAACAGCUGCCUCAACCCACUGGUGUACGUGAUCGUGGGCAAGCGCUUCCGCAAGAAGUCGCGGGAGGUGUACAUGCGGCUGUGCCGGCCAGGCGGCUGCGGGUCGCCGGAGCCCAGCCAGACGGAGAACUCCAUGGGCACUCUGAGGACCUCCAUCUCCGUGGAACGCCACAUUCACAAACUGUCGUAGCGGGUGGGGAGCAGCCAGCGAGCAGAUGGCACCCGGGGCUACUGAUGCGUGUGACGACGGGUGGACGGCGGCUCUGGGGAUGCGCCCCCAGGAGGAAGGAAGGAAGGAAGGCAGCCCAACUGUGACCUUGGGCGGUGAGUGAGUUGGUGUCUCCAGUAAAUUCCUGCCCCGCCCAAGCUGCGGCGAACAGGGCUGCGAGCUUGGAGUGAUCUGGUGCACAGCCAAGGGCCCCAGAAAUACGACAGCAUUAUCCUUCUUACUGGCUGCCACCCCCGGGUCUGCUGCUUCCAGAGGAGCAGAGGAGCCUGGGGACGGGGACAGGAGUGGCCGAGCUCCCCUCCCACGUGGUGUCUGUCACUCUGCCGGCGCAUGACCGCUCAGAUCUCCAGAAACGCCGCCCAGCUUUGGGGCAGCCGCCGAGAGGGCCGCGCGCACUGGCAGACGUGUACUCUUGGGUUUCCUGAAUCCGCUCAACUAGGACUUCGGAGGAUGAUUCCUCAGGUCAAUGAAGGUUAAACUCUGAGCGAUCCACGGUGAGAACCCAGAGACCAGGACUCUUGCUCCCCUUGCAGAAAGACAAGUGGUCUGUGCCAAAGACGAACCCGAUAAGUACUUACCCAGCACUUGCUGUACACGCAGCAUGGAACCCUGUGGGCAAGAAAAAGAGAACAGUCUGUCCUGAAGGAACUUGCAGACUCGCGAUGAUUCAGCAACCACCCCAAGGCCAUUCUAGACGCGGUCAAGCCAGGCACUGUGGACUGGGCAGGGCGGAGGAGCCGGGGCCCCAGCUCAGAGGAUAACCGGCUGCACAUGGCCGCGUCCCCGCCUCGCUUUCCUCCCGGUAACACGAGGCUGUUGUGGGGAUUAAAGGAGGUAACAGGCACAGAAGUACUUUGACAAAUGAAAGGUGCUAUGUAAAUGUGAGGCAUUAUUAUGCCCGCAGAAUGGGAAUAAAUUUAUUCUAAGGAGAAAGACAAGUUCAGCAAAAGGUCUGUAGGAGAGAAUCGGUAUUGAAGCUAAUGGUUGUGGAAAACACGCAUUAGUGUCUGACACAUACCAGGCGCUCCGUAUGUUAAGCUCCCUUCCACCACCUGCCCUUGCCGUCAAUUUGCACGCGUGCACGGGCGCGCACGCACACACACACUCACGCACACACACACAAGCAUUUUCAGGAAAGGUCACCCCUUCCAUGGAGACGGGAGAACACCCUCCCCAUCCCACCUCCAGCGGAUCAUUUACCCGAAGAAGCAACUGCAGAGGGGCCGCGCGGCCUUGCCUCCUGUGGGUGGGGCCAGGUGGCGAAGGGCGUGGCGGGCAGCGAUGGGCGGGGCGGAGGGCGGGUACCGUCCUUGGCUCUUAAUGGACAGGUGCCCGGCCCCAAGCCCCAGGUCCGCCAGAGGGAAUUCCUUUCUUCUUUUUCUACACGUUUUAUAAUCUGCCUCCUGAGGCCGGCCCUCUGGGAGAACAGGCCAUCCAGACGCCAACAUCAAGCUCUUAGAGUCAAAGCAGGGAUGGGUGCUCAGUAGCAAUGGAGCUCAGGAGCUUCCUGUAAUGUAGGCAGUGCCCUGGAAGCACUCACUGGAUCAGUAGAUGGGUGAUUCCUUAGCGGGCUCUCCCUGGGGAGGUUUUAUCCUCCCCACGGCCAGCAGGAUUGGGAUGGCAAAGAACCCACAAAUCCUGACCAAUCCAGCUCUGGACUUUAAAAGAAAAAGGGUCACAAAAAGAUUUACUCCCCAUCCCAGCCUUUGUUUUCUGCCAUGCAAGCCCCUCUGCCCAAAUGAACAUAUGCAUUCAUAGCUAGAGAAAUAAAACAGGUGAAAUAAGAAGUACAAACCGUUUCAUAUUAGAAUGAAGUGAAACUAUUUCACGGGCAUGUGUUGGUAAAGAAUCUGCCUGCAAUGCAGGAGACUCCAGUUCAAUUCCUGGGUUGGGAAGAUCCCCUGGAGAAAGGAUAGGCUACCCACUCCAGUAUUCUUGGACUUUCCUGGUGACUCAGCUGGUAAAGAAUCCACCUGCAAUUCGUGAGACCUGGGUUCAAUCCCUGAGUUGGGCAGAUCCCUUGGAGAAGGGAAAGGCUACCCACUCCAGUAUUCUGGCCUGGAGAAUUCCAUGGACUGUAUAGUCCAUGGGGUCAUAAAGAGUCAGACAUGACUAAGCAACUUUCACUCACAAACCAUGUGCAUAAUGUGAGUGGAGUUUUACAAAAGGAGGCUUGGCUGGGCUUUGGGGUGUGAGACACUCAUUCAUCAGCAGAUGUGUAUGGUCUGAGGGUCUCCUGUCAGCAGAGCCCUGGGCUCCUAAUGACCAUUUAGGGUCCACCCAUGGGCAGAGGAGCAAUUUGUCUAUGGGAGGGGAGCUGCCCUGUGUGUUGUGUUGAUACUGUGAUAAAGAACAUCUGUCCUGUGAAAGAUCCAAAGAGCUAUGACAUUAUAAAGAGGGAUCGUUUCACAAAGGAGGAGAAAUGGAUGAAUGGUGUCAAUGUGCCUUUUCUGUCCAGCAUAAUAAAGGGAUGAGGCAUU